UCUGCUGCAAAUACAAUUUUGUAAAUCUGUAAAUAGUCUCAUUGCUCUAUUGCAUUCUACGUUUUUGACAAGACUGUCUGUUGAACUGACUCAGAACAACAAAAUAGGAUAUAAAUUUUAAACUUAUUUUUGAAGAUUUUAGGGUUAUAGUAGGACUUGUUGUCACAUGCUUAAGAUUCGUCCUAGUGCUGCAAAAUUGCAAAUUCCAAUGGCUCAGCAGAAUAUUUCACAGAUGACGUUGAGUUUUUCAUUGCGAUCUUUGCCAGUGACUCGAAGAACUAUUGCAUUUGGGAUUACAGCUUGUAUUUUUUUCAUUUACUUGGGUCCGUUCUUCUACAGAAAUUUCUUAUCGCUGUUCGCCUCACAAUCAAAUGUGGAUUCUUGUCUUGCAAUGCAUCUGAAGCAACAUGAUAUAGCAAUUGGGGAACUUGAUGCAUACAUCAAUGAUCAUAACCAAGACGAACCAAGCCAACAAAAUCGACCUCCAUUGCAAUUUGUUGGCAAUGGAAAGCUCGGCGCAGUCGUACAAGACUCUUCUAGUCUGUAUAUAUUUUAUCCAGAAUCUGUUCAACACACCGACAAUAAAAAACAAGUAGUUAUGCGAGAAGAAAUAAGGACAUUCAAAUUGCCAUUUAGCCCUAUUCUCCAGACAAGGCAUAUGUUUUCAUCAGAUUCAGAAAAAUCUUCAAGUGUGAUAAAUUUUCGUGAAGGUAUUGUAGAAAGAUUGAGUUGUUUAAAAAUUGAAGGACAUUCUGGAUGUGUUUUCUUAAAUCAUACAGCUGUGGCUCACAGAUCCAGACCGAAUGUAUUUCUUCAACAUAUCAGUGCAUCAUUAGAUGGAUCGUCUCGUUCUAUUGGUGACAAAACUAUCAAAAUUUUAUCAAAUGAUAUCGAUGCAAGUUUCAAUAGAGUUUCUGAGAAUUUGUUCACCCAUAAACCGUACAAGUUACAUUCAAAUGUUUUGGAGAUAUCACAAGGAAAGUUCAUGGCCAUUUCCGUUGCAUCAAAAUUAACUGGAGAUAAUUUACAAAUAAAUAAUGAUAAUGCGAAUCAUGUUGAUGCCAUGACAGUUGUUAUGCAUUCUGGUAUCAAAAAUAGUAAAGAUUCAGCCAAACUUGAAGAAGGGAAAUUACAAAAACAAACAGCAGAAUAUGCCAACAUAGUCAUGGAAAUGUCAACUGAUGAGUUGCUUAAAGAACACAGAGCAGCUUGGAAGGAUAUUUUACAUACUGGUUUAACUGUCAGCCCUUCUGAGGAUGAGCCUGGCUUACCUGACCCUAGAAUUGUGAAUGAAACAAUAUAUUAUGUCCUGUCUUCAUCUGAUUCCAAAUUGCACGAUGAAGGAAUUCCAGAAAAUGAAAGAAGAAAUUUAAUCAACAGACUUCAGACUCCAGAUUUCUGUUACCAAGGUCAUUCUACUAUAAGUGGCAAAUCAUUGUGGAGUCAUGUGACUUCUGUUGAGGAUGUUGCUAAUUUGCAAAGGCUAUGGUCUUUGACACUGAGUAAACAUCAGUGCAAGUCAUUGGUGAGUGAAGGGGCUGAAGGUCUUCUCCAAGCCAUGUUACUUAGUUUUGGUGGAUUAAAAUUUACUGAGAAUGAUUUGAGGUUUGGUCCUGAUCCUGAAGUUUUACAUAACGAUAUCUCGUUUCAUCGUCUUAUCUAUAGAAAUGACACUCUUGAUAUUAGUGUCAAACGUGCCAGGGAUUCAACUGGAACUCCUGUGAUUAUGGUAGCACUUAGAGAUCACCCUAAGAUUCCAUUAUACGCAUGUGAAGCUGGAUGUGUACGUGAUGCAGUGGAAUUAGGAGUUCAAGCGCAAGAGUUACCAGUUUAUGUUACUGAUCCAGUCACUCCUAUAUUGUAUAUUUCUCAUGACAGGAAACAUCUGUCAGAUUUACGAGAUACUCUGCAUGUGAAGAAGAUAUUAGAACACGCUCAACAUAUGGAAGAAGUUCGAAAGGGAACAGGUCUUCCAACAAUAUUCUGGAUCGGUAUCGGAUCACUCAUCGUCUUCUUUCAUUUAUUCUUGAUUCGAUUAAUAUGCAAUGAAUACAAUUCAUCUUAUAAAUCGCCGGUUCAUUUCACGGGAGUUGCUUCGGGAAAUGCAAAAUACACCAACUACAGUAACCGUGGUAGAUUGGCCUCCUGAUAUUUUCUUUGGCGAGUUGUUAAAGUUGGCUGAGCUGUUGAGCAAAUUCAUUUUGUAGAUGAAGCCUUCCUUAAUAUAUGCAAAGAACAAAAUAUAAUGUGAAAGUGGGAAUCUCGGUACUACAAACAUUGGACAGAUGGCCAGGACAACAGUUAAACUUCAGACAAUUUUAUUCUUAUCUGAUUGGGUAAUCAAGCACUUUCUUUGACCCAUCGGAAUGCAUCAUUUCGGCUGAGUAACACUACCCGAUGGUCUAGCUUUGUGUUCUGUGGCUCAUACUGAUUUCCUUUAUUAGUGAUCAUGGCAAUUUCUGAUUGGAAAGCUGGGAAUAUGGUAACUUGGUUAGGUUUAAACAGGCAGAUCUGACUUUGUAUUUUUUUUCUACGAAACUUUUUCAUACCUUUUGCUCCGAACAAGGUCCUGUACAAGCGGAUACUGAUAUGUAAGGAGCUGCUAUUUUUGGAAUAAACAGAACUUUUCUGGUUGUCCAUCGUCUACCAGAUUAAUUAGACCUCUGAUGAG